UCGUUUAUUGCCGCAACAUGAAAUUCGCGCUAAUUUUAAUUGCGAUCUGCACGUUGACUUCGGCCACCCUCGAAGAUGAUUUCAGCGAUAUCCUCUCGCUGUUUCCGGUGCAGGAGAUGCGCGCCAUCGCCCGGACAUACUUGAACUCGGACGUCGAAUUCCAGAGGGUCGUCGGCUAUCUACAAGGACCGGAAUGGGCCUCUCUUGUGACCAAAGUCCGUGAAAAUCCAACGUGGAAAGAGUUCAAAGCGUAUCUGAUCUAAGCCGGAAUCGACAUCGAA